AUGGAGGCCACCGAAUCGCGGUCCUCACACGACGGACUCGCCUUCAGUGUGCGCUCUCCGCAACGCGACCAGACCCCGCGCAGUCCGCUGAGCCCCAGAAGCCCAAUCGCCCCCCGCGACUCGAGAUCAGGAAAGCUGCCGAAACUCGCAACCGGAGGCAAGGAACCCCAGAGUGCCGUGACUGCUGGCCCAGGAGGAAAAUGGAUAAACAAGAUGCGCCAGCCAGGACCCUCAACAAAACCGCUACUACCGGCUACAGAAAGGAUAUCCGAGGAGGAAAGGAAUCAGGUCCCGAUACGCCGCAUGAGAGCUGACAGCUCUGCCGACGACAAGUUCGAAAUCACCCCCGAUGGAGGCUCUGCUGGACGUGAAGGACGUCAAUUCACCGUUGCCAACGUGGGCAAUAACGGUCGGAUAUAUCUGAGACGUGCUCAUUCCGACUCGACAGCUCAUGACGGUGCCACUACGAGCAGGGACUCCGAAGCUGAAGGCUUCAAAAUUGUCAUCUCCAAGCCGGGCGAUGAACGGCGGGCCAAAACUAUGGAGGAUCUGGAUGCGCCUCAUAUCCCCCUCCUAGACAUUGAGAUUCCAAACUGGAAAUUAGGCAACCCACGAUUCACCGCCAGAGGCACUGCGUUCUUCAGAGGAUCGAGUUACGCCCCGACAGAAGAGUUUCCCCGCUCCAGUAACGUUUCUUUCCUCCAUCGGUCUCAGACCGGCGAACUCACUCCAAGAAUACCUGCGUCAAUAGCGUCCAAGAAGCCUAGUCCCAUCUCGAUUCCUCAAAUACGCCUGCCGCCCAUGGAACCCGCGAGACACAAUGGCCCCCUCAGUCCCGCUCCCAUGACAACACCUCGGCUGCCUGCAAUCCGCUCAACCUACAUGUCGACCCAUCUGGUCAUCGAACCAGCCAUGUUCGAUGCCCUCACCUUCAAACCGACAUGCGACGACAGAUCGAUAGUGCGAUACUCUCCGGCUACGGGUGCAGUGACAGCUGCUACCCCGCCUCGUCUCGUGGCCGAGUUUACCUCUCCAAGCUUUCUCGAUUAUGAACUCAUCUCCGACUUCUUCCUCACGUAUCGGUCCUUCCUCGAGGCUGGUGAUCUGCUGAAGAUGGUAAUGGCGCGCCUGCGAUGGGCCCUGGGCCGAAACGAUGAAAUUGGAAUGGUGGUACGAGUGCGAACGUUCGUCGCCAUGCGUCAUUGGAUCCUCAACUACUUCAUGGACGACUUCGUCAUUGAAUACGGCCUUCGCGUAUCGUUUUGCAAUCUUUUGAACGACAUGGUAGACGAGCUAUCAACAGAUCCUCGUGGUCGCAAGGUUCAACUCAAGAUCUUGGCGGAACUGAAGAAAUGUUGGCGGCGAGUGUGUGCUCAGUUUUGGGACGGACCGGAAUUUGACCCUUCUCUUGGCGCCAACGUGCCGAUAGCUCCUGGCGGAAUCGCAGGUCAUAGAAACGCCGGCCUAGAUCCUUCCUUCUGGGAGAGAGAGGACGCUGUCCCACAGCUGGAUGGCCUAUUUGCGCCCAUUCCCGAGGACAAGGAGCAGACAAGCUUCUACGCCGAUGUUUCCCGAGCUGGUCAUAUUGCUGACUCCCAACCCAUCAUCGACAGACCCGGCACACCAGAUAACCGCCAUGUUCAUGAGAUUGACAGACGGCUGGCAGCCUCACCUACCAGCAUCGCCAGCAUGGACAUCAUCUCCUGCUCUUUCCCGGGUAAGAACUCGAAAGGAACUCAACAUGGCAACAACUACACGUUGGGUGCUCACCCAGUGGCACCCGCCAGCUCGGUCUAUUCCAGCGCAGGGCCAGUGGCAACGACUCCAAGAGCUCUUGUUGGAAAGCGUGUACGGGCAGGGCACGGGCAUAAGAGAAACGGCAGCCUGACGGACUCGCUCAGAGAACGAGAGCAUAGUGCCGAAAAGACUGGUCUACCGGACACCGACUUCCUCAUGUCACUGCCUUUCGCUGGCAGCCUGGUUCGAGGAAAUCUGAUGCCUCCAGGUCAGCCGUACGUUGAAGUUAUGUCACCUAGCCUCGCCGGUGAUUUCCAGCGUCACACUACGGUCUUUCAAGUGCCGGGAGAGCAGCGGAGCGCAUCAGCCAUGUCUGGCCAGGGCAUGAAGAAGUUGAUCGGCAGCGUCCGACGUGCGCUGAGCACCCGAGGACAAGGCGUUUCUCCCACACAGGGUAACUUCAUCAACAUCUCCCCCAUAGGCCCGCGCGGGGCUACGACCAACCGCUUGCCCGGAACCGCCAUAGUCCCCCAGGCUAGACGGCAACAGACCGGAUUUCGGCCUCCUGUGCGUAUAGACCUUCUGGGCGCGGAGGUUGUGGAGGACUUCAAGAAGGCUGUUCGAGAAGACGCAGCCGCCGAGGCAGCGGACGAGGUCGCGAGACGCGGACAUCUGGACCCCACCGCUGCCGCUCUACACAGAGCUGUAUCCGAACAAGAUUUCGACUAUUCGGCGGCUCCCAAAGUUUCAUCUUUUGGAAGCAUCCCGGAAGAUGACGUAUUGAGGCCGGUCAGCGACAUGGCUAUCACUACCGGCAGCAAGUCUAUCGUCAUCGUAGAUGACACAAUCCAGUUUUCUCUGCCAGCAAUGCAUGGAGCUUUGCCCGCGACUGAGUCCGUGGAGGCUUUUGCCGACACCUUUCUGCCAGGUGGUGCGGAUCCAACGCCGCCGAACACACCCCCAGGCCAUGCCAUGGGCACACCUAGACGGUCGUCUUACUUGCUUAACCAACAUGUUGUCAGACCUUCCAUCUCGGUAGACCCACUGCCUCCCUUUGUGCCUGACCUGACAACUCUGGGCAAUGACCAAAGCACUCGCCCGUCGAUGGAUACUGAUCGUCCUUUGUCGGAGUUCAUCGGGGCUACCUCCAGCCGUCCUACUUUGUUAAGGUCAACGAAGAAGCACAUUCGGCAAAAGUCAAGCAGGACAAAUAGAUCCCUCGACUCGGCCGUCGUCCACCGGCGUACUACCUCGUUCGGAAGUACCUUCAACCCGCGCUCAACAGUCAAGAGCUUCGACGCGACCACAUACACUGAAGGCUCCGUCGCUGAUGAGGAUGAGCCGAGCCCCGUACCUCAGCCUCUUCGGAUUUUGAGGAGACGACCAGGCGGAGAUUUGCGCGCAUUCAACAACGGGGGUGACAGAGAUGCCUUGCCCUUGCGUAAGUCGCGGUCGGCUGGCUCCCUCACAACCUACUCUGAAUCCAUGCGGAGUUCCUAUUUGCAGAGCCCCAAGCAUGAUUCUAGCGCGUUCGUUGACGUCGUGUCGAGUGAGUUCUCCCAUCGAGGAGACGCGGAUAAUUUCUCCCUCGGCGCAAUGGCUGAGCCAUCGGCAAAAAGACAACUCUCGCUCUUCAGCACCCACUCGUCCAAGCCGAUCAUGCGUCCUUCAUUCGAAGCUGAGGCGCAGAAGCUCGCACAAAUUCCCGACGACGAAGACGAUGGUGGCGUAGAGUCAGCCUUGGCCAAGCUGGAAGGCAAGUAUGAGAAGAAAUCUUUCAAACUUUCCAUGGAGCCCACAAAUGCUCCUCUCCAAAGUGUCGAUACUGCGACGGAUGUUGAAGGUGAACCCGCUGAGGCUCAAAGGCAAGAAAAGAGAGGACAUCGUCAUUUGCAUGUUCUUCCUGUGGACGCCGCCGCCGUGGCCCAACAAGAAGAGGGAUCAGAGCCCCGUUCCAGCUUUCUCGACGUACCCAAUGGACCCCGAACCGAUGCGAGUUCGUUCCUGUCAGAUAACUCGGCAGGCUCGUAUUGCUCCAUUCCUCUUCUUGAACGCGGUUUGGCAGACGACGGCCAGAGUAAAGCAUCCGCGCGGGAAUGGACCAAUAUGUCUGUUCUUCAAGACCCCGAGGAAGAAAUAUCACCAGCAGUGACUCCUCGCCCUAUGUUCGAGGUAUCAUCUCACACAUCUUCGUACGAGUUCAUCCGAAAGACGGAGAGCCUGGAAAAGAUCAAGUUGGGCGAUUCCCCGCCUAGCGAGCAGUCAUUCUUGGACGACGACAGCGAUGGAGAAGACUUUGGUUCUGACCUGUCAUCCGAGCUGUCAGCCGAGAUUGUCGAGCCCGAAGAGUUUGCCAUGAAUCAAACACAACCUCUUCCGGACCGCAAUGCUCAUCGCAGUGCAUCCAUCUUGGAGUUUGAUCCUCGCCCCUUGAGAGAAUCGGCAAUGGGCCCUUCAGACAGCCGAGAACCUCCGUCGCCACCAAUGACGCUUGUCCAAGCUCUCCAGAUGUCACCUGAGGCAGUCCUGGUCCCCGAACUUCACGAACAUCAGGUGUAUCAGCAAAAGCCCCUACCACCGACUCCCGACACCACUCCAGGGGCGAACCUGCCCAACUCGCCACUUGAUCCUACCGGCACCAGAGAAGCACUGCGCGGGCAACCAAAGUACUCUGAACGCGAAAGAGAAUCGUCCUUGAGAUUCUCCGUUCACCUACCGUUCACGCUUGCGUUUGACUCCGAGAUUCUGGCUCAACAGUUUACGCUGAUCGAAAAGGAUGCUCUCAAUGAGAUUGAUUGGAAGGAACUCAUUGACAUGGGCUGGAAGAAUGCUACCAACAACGACUCUCGGUCCUGGGUUGAUUUCCUUCGCAAUACGGAUGCUCAUGGCGUUGAGGUUGUUAUUGCGCGCUUCAAUAUCAUGGUGAAGUGGGCAUGCAGCGAGAUCGUGCUGACUCAAAAUAUUGAGGAAAGAGCACGAUGCAUCAUCAAGUAUAUCCACAUUGCUGCUCACUGCCGCCGAUACCGCAACUUUGCUACCAUGAGUCAGAUUGCCAUCGCUCUGACUUCGAUGGAGAUAUCUCGGCUCACAAACACCUGGGCGAUGGUACCGCCUUACGAUAUGCAGACUCUGCGGGACUUGGAAACUCUCAUCUCCCCAACCCGCAACUUCUACAACUUGCGUGCCGAGAUGGAAGUUGGCUCUGACACAGGCUGCAUUCCAUUCGUAGGCAUCUACACCCACGACCUUCUCUUCAACGCUCAACGACCCUCGGAGAUUGCUAGUUCCCCAACCACUGCACCGCUGGUGAAUUUUGAGAGGUGCAGGUACGCCGCGACCAUUGUCAAGACACUGUUGAGGCUGCUCGAGGCCAGCACACUCUACGAAUUCCAACCAGUGGAGGGUAUCACCGAGAGGUGUCUCUGGAUGAGCGCUCUUAGCGACGAAGAGAUUCGCAAGCACUCACAUCGUCUGGAGUAG